AUGAGCGUCGCUUCGCUGGCAGGUCCCUCGACCGACAAGGCCCCAAAUCUUCUCUCGUAUCCAAAGAAACUGGUCCAAACGCUUGAGCACCAGGGCGCCGUCAACGUAGUCAAAUACAAUCAUGGGGCAAAGUAUCUUCUCACGGGGUCAGCGGACAGGACUAUUCGGUUGUGGAACCCAGCCCUAGGCAAGGAAAUCAAGUGCUAUCGGGGCCAUGCCCAGCCGGUGCUCGCCUUGGAUAUUGCUCAGGACAAUGCCAAGUUUGCGUCUUCAGGUGUGGACAAGGCGGUCUUUCUAUGGGACGUCCCAUCAGGUGCUGUGACCCGGCGAUUACAGGGACACUUUGGUCACAUCAAUGCCGUUGCUUUCAGUCAAGAUGGUCAAGUUCUUGCGAGUGCUGGAUUCGACGCCAAAGUCAUGCUCUGGGACAUGCGUGCCGCCUCUCGAGACCCCCUUCAAACACUCAAAGAAGCCACUUCCACCAUCACCUCCCUCAUCCUCCCCACUUCUCCGCAGGUAAUCACUGGCUCGGCAGACGGUUUCAUUAGGACCUAUGAUCUGCGAUUUGGUCUAUUGACGGAGGACCUCAUCGGGACGCCUAUAUCGUCUCUGAAAUUAUCGCCAACGGCCCCGGAAGAAAGCGUCUUGGUCGGCACCAAUGACGGAAAGAUGAGAGUCUUUGACAGGAAGGAUGGAGGGUGCUUGCAGACGUUUGAAGGGCACAAUGUAGGGGGAAAAACAGGCAAAUGGGGUACAGAAUGGGGUUACGGCGAUGGGCUGGUACUCGCAGGCGACGCAGAUGGAAAGCUGUGGGCGUACAACGUUCUUGAUGCCAGACCCAUUGACACAAGCCCUACGCCAAUACAUAAAAAGACUAUCACCAAUAUUCAACUACAUCCCAAGGGGAAGGAGAUGAUCACAGCGUCUGCGGACGGCACUGUCAAAGUGUGGGGUCACUGA